AGUUGGAUCGAUCGGUCUGUCACACCGUCCCAUUCCUCAGCUUGCCGGAUCCGAGCUGUUUGCCACCCAUUGAGAAAAGGCCAAAGCCGCUAAGCCUCUCACAAUGAGCGACAAGGAGUUGGGAUCACGCUCGAGUACCACAGGGUCUCAAGACCCGGAAGAUUAUCUGGCGGAGUCCCUUAGCCUGCUGGGCGUCGAGGCUGUUCCCAGCGACAACUCCCUGUCAUAUGGUCCAUUGAAACUAAGUGUCGCAUCAAAGCUAGGGAAGGCAAACACUCUGCUGGCAGACCAGUUCUUUUCUCCCUCCUUGGUGUUCGGGGAACUUAUUGAGCGGAAACGCAUUGUUCUCGAGGGAUUAACUGUACUCGAGCUAGGGGCAGGGGCAGCUCUGCCAUCCCUCCUUUUAAGCGUAAUUCCGGCUGCUCCUUCACUGGUAACAAUUACAGACCACCCAGAUCCGUCAAUAUUCAUGAAUCUGCAAGACAACCUCCGAAGAAAUGCGAACCUGCGUUCCGGAUCUUGUAAGGUAUCUUGCCUUCCCUACAUAUGGGGGGAAGACCCUGAGCCACUCCUGAAAGAGGCAAGACGUUUAAAUCCCAAUCAACAGGGCAAGGGCUACGACGCCAUGAUUCUAUCGGACCUUCUGUAUUUCGAUUCAUCCCAUCGGGACUUGAUUAAAUCGUUGACGUUGCUUCUUCGGCGACAUCCAUCUUCAGUAGCCUAUGUUGGUGCCGGCAUCUAUACCUCUGAAGCUACCUGCUCGUCUUUCUUUUCCCUAGCUGAGGAGGCAGGAUUGGCCAAAGAGGAGGGUCAGGUAGAGCCUGACUGGCUUGGAACAAUGGUCAUCGGAAGAUUGAGCCGGGAAGAUCUUGCAAAGCAUAAAGCAAAUUCGAGAUGGUGGACUCUUCGGUGGAUGUCAUAAUUACAAGCCCAUGAAAUUGAAUAAGUUAAGCUGGAAUUAAUACACAUUAUGUUGCAAGAUGUAGCAGCUGUUUUCAUCGCUGGCGCUAGACAGAGGGACGGCUGAGCUCAUCCAUGGCGUAUUGGCAGUAUUGGAUCCGCUCGUAUUGCUGAAAGGUCUAUGGAUGCUUCCUUCUCUGCAUCAACUUCUCCUAUCAACAUGCUGAAAACAUUAAUCAUUGUCAGUGCAGUGACUGAGGGCCACACGUCAAUGACAUAACUUUAUAGAUGAGAGGUCAGGGAAUGCCCGGCAAAACUUAGCCGUGGCAGGGAGAAAAUAGGGAGAGAAGGAAAGAAAACCUA